UCUGUUUUAUGACGCCGAUUCUUGCUGCAAUAACUACCGAAUCGCCUGCGCGUGAUACAUAUAUUCGAAUGCGGGGAUAUGCUGCUCCGGCACAUUUUCUCAUGCAGUCUAUAGCUGAUGAUGAUCUCAAAAUUGCAGUCUUGUCCAUUCUUUUGAAUGUGGUAGUUGCCGAUCAUGAUAUCAUUUCUAAUGAUUCUAUAUUUAUUCAAAUUCUUGAUACUUUGAUGCAACGAACCAGCGAGAACCAAGAACAUUCUUUGAACAAUAUUUCGCUGUUGGCAAACAAAUAUGCGUUGAUCUGUAUGAUUGUUCGAUCACUUAAAUCAAGCCAGCUAGAAUUGGUUCCAAUGGCGUCUGUUCUUGGCACUUUUUCUGGUAUUUUCCACUUUGUAAAGUCAAAUUCACGUCCACAUAUUGCAGACGCUCAGCAUGAACAAAUAUCGGACAUGUGGUUCUUGACCGUGUCUGCUUUGGCAGAGUGUAUGCCGGUAAUUGCCAUUCCUCAAGGAAACAAGGCGCUAUGGCGAGACGAACUCAAAAAAAUUCUUUUAGAUGGAACAUGGUUGAAGGAAGAAAGCAAUGCUCUUGAACAACUCGUGCAGUCAUGUGAAUAAAACUACCCAACAACUGCAGCUAGCAACAAAAGGGAUGAAAAUGAAGAGAUAAAUGAAGAACUGUCAGCAACC